AUGACCCCUACCUCACUGAAACCGUUACUAGCUGUUGCCGGUGGAAUGCGCCUGGCUCAAUUGGAUGCGGCUCGAUAUCGUGAAACUCAGGAAGUGUGGGCUGAGCAGGCAUUUGAUCUUGAUCGCUUUUCUGAUGUUGACUGCUGGAGAAUGUUUCGAGUUAGAAAAGAUGAUAUUGAUAGGCUGCGAGUUGCCCUGCGUAUUCCGGAAUCAGUUCGAACUUCGGAACGGGAUAGGUGUACAGGAACGGAAGCGCUGUGUAUCGUAUUACGACGGAUGUCGUACCCAAAUCGAUGGUGUGAUCUGCGAGCCAUCUUUGGUCGCUCUCAUGGAUCUUUGAUGAGAAUUUUUUAUCACACUCUGGAAACAAUAGACGCACACUGGUCUCAUUUACUUCGUGACCUUGAGCAGCGCUGGUUAAUGGAAGGAGACUUCGACGAAUUUUCGCGCGCCAUCACAGCGAAAGGCGGUGUUUAUCCUGGUGUGAUUGGAUUUAUAGAUGGAACUGCACGAGAAAUAUGUCGGCCUAAAAGAUAUCAGCGGAUUAUGUACAGCGGUCACAAAAGAUUUCACUGCACCAAGUGGCAGUCUGUUCUCUUUCCAAACGGAAUGAUUGGUAACCUUUAUGGUGGUAAAGAAGGAUCGAUGCACGACAGCCGACUCUUUGCAGAAAGUAAUUUCCUACAGCAGUUCAGAGACAAGCAGGCUAAUUUUCAGCAGAAGUUUUACAUCUACGGAGAUUCUGGUUACGGCCGCAAAGAUCUGUUAAUUAAUCCAUUUUCCCAAGUAGAGGCAGCCAGUAAUCCCCUGAAAGAAGCUAUCAACGAGGCUAUGUCGACAGUAAGGGAAUCUGUUGAGUGGGGCUUCAAGGAAGUCGUCAAAGAAUUUGCCUUUGUUGAUUUUAAAAAGCAGAUGAAGAUAUUUGAGAAACCUGUUAAUAAGAUUUUCAGAAUUGCUGUGUUACUGACGAACUGCAGAAACUGUUUGUAUCCAAAUCAGGCUAGCCAGUAUUUUAAUUUAGAACCACCAUUUCUCGAAGAGUAUUUGCGAGAUUAAAAAAAUCUACAAGCCAUAAUAUUUUUCCUGAUUUUUUUCGUUUUCAAUUUUUUUCAGGUCGACCUGAAGACGUAAUUUCUCCACUUCUAGUUCCUUUAAGCGCACUUCUUUAGCAUC